CUUUCCCCAAUAGUAGUAAAAGAGCUCCGAAGCCGCAUCGUCGGGUUCAUAUUUAUUCCGAAAACAGGAAUCGGAGGUACUGGUCCGAGUAGCCAGCCCCUUCUCUUCUCGCCAACCUUGUCGGAAACAGCCAAGCGAAUUACUCUUGUCUUGUUGUCUAUCCUCAGCGGCGAAACGUUUUUCCUGAUAAAAUUAUUGAAAUCAAACAAUCUUUGAGGGAACAGAGAGAAUAUGGUUAAAGCAAAGCAUCAGAAGUCCAAGUCCAAGUCCACCAAACAACCCCAUGUUGCUUGGUGGCAUGCCUUAAAGAAGGCCAGUAGAUAACUAAAUGUGACCGCUUUUGUGAUCCCAACAUUGAUAUUCUUUUAAGGGAAGGGUCUUUCUCAUAGAAUGCUGAUUGUCUAAUAGUAGUAGUUGUGUACUUGAGUGCCAGUUCAAUACUGCAAUGCCAUAUAUUGAUCACAUAAGAGGAUGCUAUAUGUUAGAAUGCACCCUUCUCUGCCUUAUAGAGCAGAAAUAACAUUUUUGUAAUUUUCAUAGCUGGGACGAGGACCCUCAAAUGGUUGAAAACCAGGAUUAGGAGAGGAGUUAUUAGGAUUAAAUGUAUGAGCGAAUAUAACGUUAGAUUUCAACCGACAGAUUGUGAGGUGCUGAGGAAUUGAUUAGUUUGAAUUGGAACCACUUAGUUGGAAAGGAUUGAAGGCACAUCUACGGGCAGCAGAUGAAACUCUUGACAUAUUGAGUGGUGAUUGAGGUUGAUGCAGUCGCUAUAGGUAGCUAAGAUCAAAAAACAUGGGAAGCAGGGUGAUAUUUCUGAUAUUCGUGCUCAGCUUGAUGCUUUUGGUUUAAAGAUUAUUCAAGUGACUGCUGAUGGUAAUUGUUUCUUCAGAUAAUGUAUCUCAUAGUUCAAGUUGGCCAUUCUUGUUCUUUUGCAGAGCUUUAGCAGAUCAGUUGGAUGGCAGUGAGGAAGAGCAUGAAAAAUACCGGAGUAUGGUGGUUCAAUAUAUUUUGAAAAAUCGUGAGAUGUUUGAACCCUUCAUUGAAGAUGAAGUACCAUUUGAUGAAUAUUGCCAGUCCAUGGAAAAGGAUGGCACGUGGGCUGGACAUAUGGAAUUGCAAGCUGCAUCUCUUGUUACUCAUAGUAAUAUAUGCAUACACCGAAUUUCAUCACCUCGUUGGUACAUACAGAAUUUCGAUAACCGUGAAGCUCGAAUGGUCCAUUUAUCUUAUCAUGAUGGGGAGCAUUAUAACAGUGUGCGGUUGAAGGAAGACACUUGCACAGGACCAGCUAGGCCAAUUAUAAUCAAGGCUGAUGCUGAUCUUUCAGCAACAUCUCGUCAAGCAAAAGUUGCUGUUACCAAAUCUAAAGGGGGAGCUGGGAAGAAUUUUAUCCAUGCGGAAGCCAUCAAAUUGGUCAUGUCCGGAGGUGGAUGUGAAGAUGCCAAAAAAGUUGAACAGGUUUUACAACAAGUGGAUGGUGAUGUUGAUGCGGCAAUUGAGUUUCUCAUAGCAGAAGAAGGAAACAAAGAGUAUUUGGUUGAAAGUGAUAAACUUCCUUGUCCAGCUGAUACUUCUCAUGGUGACAACGAAAAUGGAAACUAUGAGCAACACAAGGAAGAACUCAAAGACAAUUCAUCCACACCAGAAUCAUCUUGUGAUCAGGAAAGAACUCAUGAUGAUAAAAGUUCACUGAAGGAUGAGAAGAAAAUCCCAAGAAACAAGGUUUGCCCAUGUGGUUCAAAGAAGAAAUACAAGGCUUGUUGUGGAUCCAUUUCGGGGAUAUCCUCUGCUAAAUUUGUGAUGUAUGAUUCUUGCAACCAAACAGUUGACUAUGGUAAGAGUCGAAAGGAAAGAAAACAAGGUAAGAAAGGUCGUCCUGCUAAUGCUGCAAGCUCGAAUGGAUCUGAAGGAGGGCCACCUGAUGUGGGUGCACUCUGUAUUUGAGUGGUAUCUUAAGAAGAUAUGUAAGCUUUUAAAAACGGAAGAGAUCAAUUACAUUUGUCACGGCGAUCUCAUGCCAGUGGAGACACGAAUUGGGGACAAUUUUCUAUACAAGGCCACCACGGUUAUAGCUGCAGCUGAUCAAAUUGCCUUUCAUAUUCUAGGUGUCCUUGAAGCGUUUUUUAGCAUGGAGACCCACAAUUUUGCAGUGCAAUGGCCGGACAAGGGGUGACAGUUAGGCAAGGAGGGUUUGUGUGUCAUAAUGCCUUCACAAUAACUUAAAUACUCAGCAUGUAAAAUAUGGGUCCCAAAGUAAAUGGCUCAUCCUGUCCUCUAGACCUCAAUUUUAUUUAUGAAAGUGAGCAUUUAAAUGCAAUUUGUUUUAUUAUUUUAAUAUUAAUUAUGCUUCAAACUUUUGAACUUCAUAUAUACUUUUGUUAUACAGGAAUGACAAUGAAAUUAUUCAAAUUUUUGAAAGGAAAUAGACAUGAUAUUCACCAGUCAAUCGAGGGGACUGACAACACAAGAACUUCAUUCACUUUUUUGGUCAAAUUAUAAAUAUUU